CUCACUACCAAUAUGGUAGUGACAGGAAGCCCACUUGCGAGCAGUGGGAGAACAUGGAACGAGAUGGAUUUUGGUCGACAUUAGGCAAAUGUUCUCAUCGAUUAAACAUUUGAUCUCAAUACAGGUUUCCAAAACUAGAAUAUGUUAUGAACAGAAUGGAUUAAGUUAAGCAAACUUUACCCCUUUGAAAAGUUGUUAAAAAUCGCGUUUAGAAGGAGCGCAAUGGGGGAAUGGAGUUAUUGCACACGCGCGCUUCACAUAGCGUGUGUUCCCUAACGGAAAUAUUCAGAUGAUGCUAGAACGCACCAAUAGGAUCUCGCUAGUUCGUGCUUGGCUCUGCUUGUUCUGCCCACUGAGGCUCGUUUAGUUCCCAUUGGAAAUGACAGGCAGUGGUCUAUCUUGGUUUACUUAUACACAUCUUUGACUGAACUAUAGCGCAAGAGUUUAGGCUCCAUUCUCCAGCAUAGUUUCGUUUUCUGAUUCCCAUCUAGAACUUUCCAGCUAGCUAGUCUCUGCUCUUUCUCCCACUGACAACACUUCUAGCCCCAUGGCAUCCGAACGUUUCUCCGAUAGCUUCAUAGACGAGAACCCACAGAAAGCUAUCGAGGAACUUAACGAAGCAUUGGAAGGUAACUCGGACAAUUCAGAAUGGUUCUGCCAACGAGCCUAUGCCCACCUCCAACUGAAAAACUACAGCUGUGCUGUCGAUGAUGCCAAGAAAGCCCAGCAGCUCAACCCCAGUCUUGCGCUUGCCUUCAUGAGAACAGGAAUGGCAGAGUUCCACCUGAACCACUUCGAGUCGGCACAUGCUGCCUUCACUCAGGGACACAGCCUGGACGGCUCCGAUAACACUUUCCAAAUGUGGAUCAAACGCUGUGAGGAGAUGAUGGAGAUGGCCAAUCAGAAUGGAAAGGAGAACAAGACACCGACGCCACACAUUAAGCAUGACUGGUACCAGACAGAGUCUCAGGUCAUCGUCACCAUUAUGGUAAAAAAUGUGCCUAAGGAUGGGGUCAACAUCAACUUCGAAGAGAGACAGUUGUCGGCGGUGGUGAAACUUCCGUCGGGGGAGGACUUCAGCCUGAACAUGAACCUACUGCAUCCCAUCGUCCCCCAACACAGCACCUUCAAGGUCCUCUCCACUAAGGUGGAGAUCAAAAUGAAGAAGACUGAGGGGACCAGGUGGGAGAAACUGGAGGGUGAAGGACAGGAGCCCAGCGUCAAACACUUCACCCCCAACCAGUACCCGUCUUCGUCCCACUCCAGCCGUAACUGGGACAAGGUGGUGGUCGACAUCAGUGAGGAGGAGAAGAAGGAGAAACUGGAGGGAGACGCAGCGCUCAACAAACUCUUCCAGCAGAUCUACGGGGACGGCACCGACGAGGUCAAACGGGCCAUGAACAAGUCCUUUAUGGAGUCAGGUGGUACAGUCCUGAGCACCAACUGGACGGACGUGGGGAAGAGAACGGUGGAGAUGAGCCCUCCAGACGACGUGGAGUUUAAGAAAUACUGAAGAACCAGAGGGGUGUCGCUCUCUCUGUACUACACAGUCCUACGUUCCCCCUCUUCCUCAAGUGGACCGCCCCAUAUCUCCUCUACCCCCCCACACUCCUCAUCCCAGGCCGUCUGUCAAUAUUGCUUUCUCCCGGCCAACUCUCUCGUUCUCUCUUUGCCUCCGAUGGACGUCCACCUUAUUCGCCAAAACCCACCUUUUCCAACACCUCCCCCUUCCAGUCUCUGUCAAUAUUGGUUUUUAGAGCUUUGGUGAUUCUCAGCAGCAAUCCAGAAACCACUCUUUACCCUCAUUAAACCAUUCUCUCACUCUAUGAAGACUGUCAUAGAUAUAUCAAACUGUCUUUCCUAGAUCUCAUAGAAACAGUAGGAAUCAUCCUCAUGGUCAGUUCUGGCUGUUUGAUGGUUAACCUGGUUAAAGGCGGUAAUGAGUUGAAACAGAAACCCUUUUCACCUCUUCUUGUGUCUCAGCAAUGGCCGGUUCUUGUUUUUAAAGCCUGUCGUUUUUCUGGGGUGGGUUGGAGUUUGGAAAUGUUUCUAUUGCCUCAUUCACUGCUUUUAUGAAAAAUGAAAACUUUUUUUUUCUGUACACUCGUAGAAUCAUUUCUUUUUUCCACAUCAGCAGCAAUAUGGUCAUGAAAUGGAAGUCUGGAGUCUUAAUUUCCUUUUCCUCAAUGUGAUUCAAACUUCAAUGUAAAUAAAUGAUUUAUUUUCUGGA